UGGACCAAGUGGAUCGACGUGGACUACCCGGCCCCCGGGCCCCACGGCGGCGACGUGGAAACCUACGACCACAUCAUCAGCAGAGGCGAGACCCUCUGCCGGCGGCACGGGGACAUCGCCAAGCUCGAGUGCCGCGCGGAGAACCACCCCGGCGUGAGCCUCGAUAGGCUGGGCCAGGUGGUGCGGUGCAGCCGCGACGUGGGCCUGGUGUGCAGGAACCGUGACCAGGAGGGAGCCCGCAAGCUGUGCCUCAACUACCAGGUGCGCGUGCUGUGCUGCCGCACCCCCGACGGCUUGCAUGCAACCUCUGGUCCUACAGCAAGCACAACCUCGGGUCAUGCAACCAGGGCAACCUCUGGUCCUAUAACUACUCAUAGCCCUAUUCCGAUUACUAGGACAACCUCUGCUCCUUCAUCUAAAACAACACAUGGUCCAAUAGCCAGCACCACCUCUCAGCAUAAAUUGAAAACGACCCUGGGUCCUAUAACCAGCACAACCUCAGGUCCUUCAUCUGGCACAACCUCUGGUCCUACAGCCAGCACAACCUCAGGUCCUACAACCAGGGCAAUCUCUGGUCCUAUGACUACUCACAGCCCUAUUCCGAUUACUAGGACAACCUCUGCUCCUUCAUCCAAAACAACACAUGGUCCUAUAGCCAGUACCACCUCUCAGCAUAAAUUGAAAACAACCUUGGGUCCUGUAACCAGCACAACCUCUGCUCCCAUACCCAGUGCCACCUCUGGUCCUACAACCAGCACAACCUCACGUCAUACAACCAGUGCCACCUCUGGUCCUACAACCAGCACAACCUCACGUCAUACAACCAGGGCAACCUCUGGUCUGACAGCCAGCACAACCUCAGGUCCUAUGACCAGGGCAACCUCUGGUCCUACAGCAAGCACAGCCUCGGGUCAUGCAACCAGGGCAACCUCUGGUCCUAUAACUACUCAUAGCCCUAUUCCGAUUACUAGCACAACCUCUGCUCCUUCAUCCAAAACAACACAUGGUCCAAUAGCCAGCACCACCUCUCAGCAUAAAUUGAAAACGACCUUAGGUCCUAUAACCAGUGCAACCUCAGGUCCUUCAUCCGGCACAACCUCUGGCCCCACAACCAGUGCAACCUCAGGUCCUUCAUCCGGCACAACCUCUGGCCUCAUAACCAGUGCAACCUCAGGUCCUUCAUCCGGCACAACCUCUGGUCCCACAACCAGGGCAACCUCAGGUCCUUCAUCCGGCACAACCUCUGGCCCCACAACCAGGGCAACCUCGGGUCCUUCAUCCGGCACAACCUCUGGCCCCACAACCAGGGCAACCUCGGGUCCUUCAUCCGGCACAACCUCUGGUCCCACAACCAGGGCAACCUCGGGUCCUUCAUCCGGCACAACCUCUGGUCCUACACACAACCUCAGGUCCUUCAUCUGGCACAACCUCUGGUCCUACAACCAGUGCCACCUCUGGUCCUACAGCCAGCACAACCUCUGGUCCUACAACCAGGGCAACCUCAGGUCCUUCAUCUGGCACAACCUCUGGUCCUACAGCCACCACAACCUCAGGUCCUACAACCAGGGCAAUCUCUGCACAACCUCGGGCCCCAUAACUACUCCCAGUCCUGUCCCCACCACCAGCACAACCUCUGUUCCUGUGACUAGCGCAGCCCACGUCCCUACUCCUGGGACAACCCUCCUCCCACCCAAGACCACGGGCUGCCGGCCCACGUGCACGUGGACCAAGUGGAUCGACGUGGACUACCCGGCCGCCGGGCCCCACGGCGGCGACGUGGAAACCUACGACCACAUCAUCAGCAGAGGCGAGACCCUCUGCCGGGGGCACGGGGGCAUCACCAAGCUCGAGUGCCGCGCGGAGAACCACCCCGGCGUGAGCCUCGACAGGCUGGGCCAGGUGGUGCGGUGCAGCCGUGACGUGGGCCUGGUGUGCAGGAACCGCGACCAGGAGGGAGCCCGCAAGCUGUGCCUCAACUACCAGGUGCGCGUGCUGUGCUGCCGCACCCCCGACGGCUGCCCCGAUAGCCCUGCGACCACCCACACGGCUCCCCCUGCCAAGACGUCACCUCCAGUCCUGUCCAGCUCCACCGUGUCUAGCUCUUCCGUGUCCAGCUCUGCCGUGUCCAGCUCUCCCGUGUCCAGCCCUGCUGUGUCCAGCUCCGUGGCGCCCUCCGCCCCAACCUGCUUCUGCAGCAUAGGCGACCAGCUGUAUCCCUUAGGUAUGUGCACCUCCCUGCAGGGCUGGAUCAAGCGUGCCCCGGCCACGGCUUUGUGGACAGCCACCGAGUUGUGAAGUCUCUGCCCCUUUGUGGCACAGG